CGUGUGCACACGCAUGUGCGCGCGGCAGUGCCUAUGCUCUGCCAUCCCCGUGCCCGCGUGGGCGCUGCACACGUAUGUGCGCGCGGCGGUGCGGGUGCCCGCCCGCGUUCUCGGGGCCGUGCGUGGGCCGCCCGCGCCGCCGCGCGCACCGGAGCAGGCCGGGGCUUGUGGCGCAGGGGCAGGGCCGGGGCCGCCCGCAGAGGCGCAUCCCGCGGGGCCAGGGGGGCUGCGGGCGGGAGCCGGAGCAGCAGCGACCUUGCACGAGCGGCGGCGGCGCGGGGUGCGCAAGGGCUGUGUCAGGAGCCAGUGGAGCCAAGAGCCAAGCUGGGUGGGAGGAUGGCUGAGAAGCUGGUGCCUGGGGACCUGUUCCUGAGGAAGACCCGGGAAUCGGUGUCAUCCCUGGACUCGGACAAGCUGGCGCCCAUCUCACCCGAAGCAGGCGGCGAGGAGUCGUCUGACAGCGAGGGCGAGCAGGAGGACAGUUCCCACAAGCUCAUCCGGAAGGUGUCCACCUCGGGGCAGAUGAGGAGCAAGAAGAGUGUGAAGGAGGGGCUGUUGCUGAAGCAGACAAGCUCCUUCCAGCGGUGGAAGCGGCGGUACUUCAAACUGCGGGGCAGGACGCUCUAUUACGCAAAGGAUGCCAAGUCGCUGAUAUUUGAUGAAGUGGACCUCUCCGAUGCCAGCGUGGCUGAGACCAGCACCAAGAACAUCAACAACAGCUUCACGGUGAUCACCCCAUUCCGGAAGCUUAUCCUGUGUGCGGAGAACCGGAAGGAGAUGGAGGACUGGAUCAGCGCCUUGAAGUCUGUCCAGAAGUGGGAGAUCCAUGAGGCCACACAGUUCAACAUGGAGCACUUCUCGGGCAUGCACAACUGGUACGCCUGCUCCCAUGCCCGCCCCACCUUCUGCAAUGUGUGCCGUGAAGCGCUGCCAGGGGUCACCUCCCAUGGCCUCUCCUGUGAAGUCUGCAAGUUCAAGGCACACAAGCGCUGCGCUGUCAGAGCCACCAACAACUGCAAGUGGACAACCUUGGCCUCCAUCGGCACUGACAUCAUCGAGGAUGAGGAUGGGGUGGCCAUGCCCCACCAGUGGCUGGAGGGGAACCUGCCUGUCAGUGCGCGCUGUGCUGUCUGCGACAGGACCUGCGGCAGCGUCCGGCGGCUGCAGGACUGGCGGUGUCUCUGGUGCAAGGCCAUUGUUCACAGUGCCUGCAAGGAGCUCUUUGGCAAGAGGUGCCCUCUGGGCCAGUACAAAGUGUCCAUAAUCCCACCGACCGCCUUGAACAGCAUCGAUUCAGACGGUUUCUGGAAGGCCACAUGCCCCUCGAGCUGCUCCAGCCCACUCCUGGCCUUCGUCAACUCCAAGAGUGGGGACAACCAGGGUGUCAAGUUCCUGCGCAAAUUCAAGCAGUUCCUCAACCCAGCCCAAGUGUUCGACCUCAUGAAUGGGGGCCCCCACCUGGGGCUGCGCCUCUUCCAGAAGUUCUCCACCUUCCGGAUCCUGGUGUGCGGGGGCGAUGGCAGCGUGGGCUGGGUGCUCUCCGAGAUCGAUGCCCUGGGCCUCCACAAGCAGUGCCAGCUGGGCGUCCUGCCCCUGGGCACCGGCAACGACCUGGCGCGGGUGCUGGGCUGGGGCAGCCUGUGCGAUGAUGACACCCAGCUGCUGCAGAUCCUCGAGAAGCUGGAGAGAGCCACCACCAAGAUGCUGGACCGGUGGAGUGUGCUGACCUAUGAGGUGCCCAAGCAGUGCUCCCUGGCACUGAAGGAGGAGAAUGGGGACUCCAACAUCCAGGCUCAGAUCUCCCACUACGCUGACUCUGUUGCCUCCCACCUGGCCAAGAUCCUGGAGUCAGACAAGCACUCGGUGGUGAUCUCCUCUGCAAAGUUCCUCUGUGGCACCAUCAAUGACUUCGUGGCCGAGGUUGGGCGCGCUUACAAGAGGGCAACAGAGAACAAGCAGGAGGCAGAGCUGAUGGCGCGGAAGUGCGCCAUGCUGAACGAGAAGCUGGACUCACUGGUGCGGGAGCUCAGCGAGGAGGCUCAGGCUGUCGUGGUCCCUGAGGGGAUUGCACAGGCCACUGCUGACACCAAGGACCAGGAGAAGGGUGGCGGCUUCAACCCCAGCCCCGUGCCCCGCAUCUUCAAAUCCAAGGAGCAGCUGAUGCUGCGGGCAAACAGCCUGAAGAAAGCCCUGCGGCAGAUCAUCGAGCAGGCGGAGAAAGCUGUGGAUGAGCAGAACAAGCAGACGCAGGCCUACCAGGGCAGCUUGGGCCCCAGCAAGAACAGUUCAGAGGAGCUCAACAAGGAGGAAGAGAGGCUGAGCUCCCGGCAGGAGACGGUGACCUCUGCAUCCUCCUCUGUCAUCCUGGACCGGCCGGACAACUUCGGCAGCUUGCAGUUCCCUGAAGACCCCAGUGUCCUCCACUUCUCAGAGAAAUGCGUCAUGAAUAACUACUUUGGCAUCGGCCUGGAUGCCAAGAUCUCCCUGGAGUUCAACAACAAACGGGAUGAGCACCCCAAGAAGUGCAGUAGCCGCACCAAGAACAUGAUGUGGUACGGGGUGCUGGGCACGAAAGAGCUCCUGCAGCGCACCUACAAGAACCUGGAGCAGCGGGUGCAGCUGGAGUGCGACGGGGUGCCCAUCUCGCUGCCGAGCCUGCAGGGCAUCGCGGUGCUCAACAUCCCCAGCUACGCAGGGGGCAUCAACUUCUGGGGAGGCACCAAGGAGGACAACAACUUUGGGGCUCCAUCCUUUGAUGACAGGAAGCUGGAGGUGGUGGCCGUCUUUGGCAGCAUCCAGAUGGCCGUGUCACGGGUCAUCAACCUCCAGCACCAUCGCAUUGCACAGUGCCGUGUGGUGAAGAUCACCAUCCGGGGGGAUGAGGGUGUCCCUGUGCAGGUGGAUGGAGAAGCAUGGAUCCAGCCACCCGGCAUCAUCAAGAUCCAGCACAAGAACCGAGCGCAGAUGCUGACGCGGGAUCGGGCAUUCGAGAGCACUCUCAAGUCCUGGGAGGACAAACAGAAGGGCGAGAGUUACCGUGCGGCUGCGCGGCCGCGGCUCAGCUCCCAGCAGUCCAUGGAGUACCUGACGGAGGAGGAGAGCAGCCUCUUGCAGCAGGUCUCGCGGGUGGCCGAGACCCUCAUUGCCAGGAUCCAUGAGGCAGCCAAGGCUCACAGAGCUGUGGAGCAGGAGCUGGCGCACGCUGUCAACAUCAGCUCCCUGGCACUGAGCGAGGCCCUCUCCAACAGAACCGCAGGCACUUCGGAGUUUCUCAGCAGGAGCGUGGCUGUGGAGGUGGUGCUGAGCAUCAAGGAGCUGUACACCGAGACCAGGGCGUUCCUGGAGGCGAAGGCGCUGGACUCGCCGCAGGAGGAGGAGGCGCUGCACGGGCCCCUGGGUGUGCUGGGCCAGGAGCUGCAGCGGCUGCUGGACAUCCACUGGCUGGGGCCCAUCGCCCACCCCGCUGAGGAGGAGGGUGCCGGCAGCACCAACAAGGGCAGCUUCAAGCUUCGCCUCAACAUCCCCAAGCCCAGGAAGGACAAGGCACAGAAGCAGAAGACCAACAGCGUGCUCCCAGCAGACAAGUGGGGCUCCGAGGAGGUGGCAGCUUGGCUGGAAGCGCUCGGCUUAGGGGAGUACAGAGACAUUUUUGUUCGGCAUGACAUCCAGGGCUCUGAGUUGAUCCUGCUGGAGAGGAGAGACCUGAAGGACCUGGGCAUCACCAAAGUGGGCCACAUGAAGAGAAUCCUCCAGGCCAUUAAGGAGCUCAGCAACCCGCCCUAGGCCAUGCUGAGUGCUGUCCCCAGGGAGCAGGGGUCGGGCAGGGGGAAUGCAAGGUCCCUGCUGUGCCCUGUGUGUUUGGAGCAGCCCUGCUUGCCUUGCUUUGCCUGUUCGUCCCCCAGAGUCCCUGAAGCCGCUGCUUCUCCACAAGCCUGUGGGACUGGAACCACUGGAACCGAGGUCUAACCCCCCAUCCAGGCCCUGGCAGCACCACUAGAGGAGCUGGGGCUGCCAUGUGUGUGCCUGUGCUGGGGCCAAAGCAGAGAUUCCCCUUCCCCAUGUGGGUAUUGAAGCUGUGUAAAUAUCUCGAGAAGAGACACUCAUUGCUGCU